AGCUCUUCUGCUGCUUCCAUACACCCGAUCACCCGGAUUCUGCUCUCCGGCAGUCGUCUGACGCUGUGAGAUGUGGCGGACGAGGUUGCGGAGACAUUAAAUAACAAAAACGUCCACGUUGAUGAGCCGACGUUUGUCCCACACCAUCAGCUGUUUCUUCAGAUCUUCCAUCAGACUGAUUGCCAACAAUGAAAUCUGCCAGAAGAGUUGUGGUUUUCCGACGACCAAAAUGAACAUUAAAAAUGGAUGGAAGGCCGGGGCCGUGUUCCUUACUAUUGCAGUCUUCUUUGGAAUGUUUUGGUAUCUUCCUGUGGACAUGUACAUACCGGGGUACGUACACAUUUCCUCCAUUAUACUCGCACUGUACUAUAUGCGUGUACGACCGAUGUGCACUCCCGGUGACUUAUCAGCCAGAGCCGCCGCUCUGAUCAGCAAUUACUCAAGAAAUCACCCCGUGUUCCUGCAGCUCAGCGAUUAUUUCUGGGUGAAGAACGAGUCCAAGUACGCCUUGCCGUAUGGCACAAAAGGAAGCGAGGAUCUGUUGAUGAAGUUUCUGGCACUAACAUACAAUUAUCACAUGCAACCAGAGAUUCAACGGUUGUCCUGUAGAAGGUGUGUUGUGGUCGGGAAUGGCCAUCGGCUGAAGAACAGCUCCCUGGGGGAAACCAUCAAUAAAUAUGACGUGGUGAUCAGGCUGAACAACGCUCCGGUCCAUAGAUACAAGAGGGACGUUGGCAGCAAGACCUCCCUGCGCUUCUUCUACCCAGAAUCCGCAGAUUUCGACCCGCAGAUGGACAACAAUCUGGACACUCUGCUGGUGCUGGUGCCUUUCAAGCCUCUGGACAUCCAGUGGAUGAAGAUCAUUCUGAACAAUGAGAAGCGGGUACGGAAGGGGUUUUGGAAGAUGCCCCCUCUGAUUUGGGAAGUUGAACCCCAGAACACCCGCAUCCUCAACCCCUACUACAUGGAGGUGACUGCAACAAAAAUCCUCGAUAGUGUGUCUGAUCUGUCUAAGAAGAUGAAAGCGAAGCCCACCACAGGAAUGUUGGCCAUCACCUUUGCCCUGCACUUCUGUGAUGUAGUUGACAUUGCGGGUUUCGGGUACCCAGCACCCAGCGAUAAAAAGGAACCCAUCCACUACUAUGAAAAGGCGACCCUGAAGUCUAUGGCGGUGUCAGGACACAACAUCACACUUGAAGCAAUUGCAAUACGAAAUCUACUUCAGCACAGACUCAUUAACAACCUGACCCAUUACUGAGGGUCGCUCGGGUCUCCUGUUCCGUGCCGCAGAGAAGAGGACAGUCUGCCGGACAAGCUGUUCUCGGCAAACGUUUCCUACAACGGAGAAAACUACCUGAACUCUGAUCACAGGAUGGAGAUCACAUACUGGAAUAUGGAGCUCACAGACUCUGGACCACUCGGCUGCAUCCCUGACUCACAGCG